AUUGAGCUUCUUGAAGUCACUGUUCCCAGAAUCAAGCUCUUCCCAGGGUCCUCUUCAAAUGAUCACAUGAGGUCAUAUGCCACUGUGUUGAUUGAGAGAGGGGAUGGCGUCACAACAGCGGUGGGGGAGGCACAGAAAGAACUGGACACAGAUGAACUGACCAGCAGAAGGGAUGACAUCUCACUGCAAGGCACAGCAACAACCACCACGGCCGCAAGAGAAGCAGGAGAAGGAGAAGAAGGAGAAGGUAUGACAAUGAGAGCAGUGCUCCCGCGGUCUGUCAACACUGCUGUCUUCAUCUUCAACUGA